GAUCCAUAGCCUGUUUUGAUGAAUUCGUAUACAAAAGUAAUCGUUCAUUUAUUUAUUGUUACCUAAAUAUUUAUAGUUUUAUCAAAAUUAAAAAUAUUUAAACAGUAUAAGUGAUCCCCUAACUGUAAUAGUAAAAAAAAAAAAGAACUACAAUCAAUGUAAAAUCAUAAAAUGCACUGUAUUUAUCAAUAUGUUCAUCGAUACUACAGUGCGGAAACGUACACUCAAUUUUAACUACAAUUUUUUAUGGUAUUCGUUGCUGUUUUCUUUCAAAAAUUAUCUUCAAACGUAUAAAAAUGUUAGGGAGAAAACAGAGCUUGAAGGGAGAACCGGUCCUCGCGGAUUAUGGUCCAGAAGAGUCAUUAAAUGAGAGUGCCGACAUAGAAUGGGUGAAUAAGCUUUGGGUUAGAAGAAUUUUGAGAUCCUGUGCCCUUUUGAGUUUGAUGUCUGUUUCAUUGAAUACUCCAAAAUCUUUUGAGAAAUAUCCUUAUCUACAAACUGUUACAUUUGCUGUUGACUGCUGUGUAACUCUUUUGUUUACUGCUGAAAUGAUUGCUAAAAUGCAUAUUAGGGGUAUACUAAAGGGAGAUGUAGCAUACCUAAAAGAUCAUUGGUGUCAAUUUGAUGCUUCUAUGGUGUUUUUCUUGUGGGUUUCUGUUUUGCUACAAAUGUUUGAAUUAACAGGAAUUGUACCUAGAUACAGUUAUUUAAGCAUAUUAAGAGCCCCUAGACCAUUGAUUAUGAUAAGAUUUCUCAGAGUGUUCUUAAAGUUUUCAAUGCCAAAAUCAAGAAUCAAUCAAAUUUUCAAGAGAUCCAGUCAACAGAUCUAUAAUGUGACAUUGUUUUUUCUCUUCUUCAUGUCAUUAUAUAGUUUAUUAGGUGUGCAGUUCUUUGGUGAACUGACUCACCAUUGUGUGAGAAAUGAUACUAACCCCAAUGAAGUCACUAUAAAUUCUCUAGCCAUACCUGAUACAUUUUGUUCACCUGAUCCUGACUCUGGAUAUCAGUGCCCAGCUGGAAUGAAAUGCAUGAAGCUUAAUUUGUCUAAAUAUAUUAUGGGUUUUAAUGGGUUUGAAGAAUUUGCUACAAGUUUAUUCACAGUUUAUCAGGCAUCAUCUCAAGAAGGAUGGGUAUUUAUUAUGUACCGUGCUAUAGACUCCUUACCAACAUGGAGGUCUGCUCUUUAUUUCAGCACAAUGAUAUUUUUCCUGGCUUGGUUAGUGAAGAAUGUAUUUAUAGCGGUAAUAACAGAAACUUUUAAUGAAAUAAGAGUUCAAUUUCAACAAAUGUGGGGUGUUAGAAAUCCUAUUACAAAAGGGAGUACAACUCAGUUCUUUACUGGAGAUGACAAUGGUUGGAAACUUGUUACUAUUGAUGAAAAUAAACAUUCAGGCAGCGCACCGGAUAUCUUUCAUAAAAUGUUACGUUCUGCUUAUUUCCGACUGCUAGUAAUGGGCGUCGUAUUAGCUAACGGAAUAAUAACAGCUACAAUGAACUUCAAACAUGACAACAAUCCACGGGAAUUUUUUUAUGAGAAGUACUAUUAUAUUGAGAUUGCAUUCACAAUUUUCUUAGACUUGGAAGCACUAAUAAAAAUAUGGUGUCUUGGAUUGAAAGGUUAUUUCAAGCAUUCUGUUCACAAAUUCGAAUUGUUACUAGCUAUUGGCACUACUAUACAUAUAAUUCCUCAACUUUAUAUGUCUGUCUUCACAUACUUUCAGGUUCUUCGAAUAGUAAGACUUAUCAAAGCUUCACCCUUGCUGGAGGGAUUUGUGUACAAGAUCUUUGGACCAGGCAAAAAACUCGGCAGUCUUAUAAUAUUUACCAUGUGUUUACUGAUCAUCAGUUCCUCCAUCUCAAUGCAGUUGUUCUGCUUUCUAUGCGAAUUUACAAAAUUUGAAACAUUUCCAGAAGCAUUUAUGUCUAUGUUUCAAAUAUUAACUCAAGAAGCAUGGGUAGAAGUUAUGGAUGAAACAAUGGUGCGGACUAGUCAGACAUUGACUCCUCUAGUUGCUAUAUAUUUCAUAUUAUAUCAUCUCUUUGUCACUUUGAUAGUGUUAUCGCUCUUCGUAGCGGUAAUUUUGGAUAAUUUGGAGUUAGAUGAAGAUAUAAAAAAAUUGAAACAACUUAGAUAUCGUCAGCAAAGUGCAGAAAUCAAGGAAAGCCUGCCUUUUAGAUUGAGAAUAUUUGAGAAGUUUCCAGACAGUCCGCAAAUGACUAAGUUACAUAAAGUCCCUGGGGAUUUUAAUUUGCCUAAGGUACGUGAGUCGUUCAUGCGCCAGUUCGUGUGCGAGGAGAGCGGCGAGGAGGAGGCGAGCGUAGCGGGUGUGGCGGGCGUAGUGAGCGGCGGCGGCGGCGCGGGCGCCGGUGCCCCGGGCCGGACGCCGCAGGGCGACUUGUCACGCCGCGCCUUCGAAUACAUCGGCGUUGCCAAGAUCGCGUUCCCGUAUCGCAAGCGCUGUCUCGUGAAGACACUUGUGGUGGCGCCGCCUUCCCAACGACCCAGCUCUGCAUUACGGCGGCACGUAGUCAGCUGUAUUAUUGAAGAUUCAAACAAUCACCGUCCAUUGCUGGGAGAUUCAGCGAUGCUGGCUACUGGUGGAAAAUCUGGGUUAAAGCCGCAAGGAACCAUAUCCAGUGCUAAACAAUUACGAGUCGACCAAAAAAAGUUCGGCUCGCGGUCUAUAAGACGUUCAGUGCGCAGCGGGUCCAUCAAGCUAAAGCAGACAUACGAACACCUGCUGGAAAAUGGAGAUAUCGGGGCCGCCUCCCGCGUCGUUCCUGCUUCUCGCUCCCGCCCACCCUACCUCGACAUUCGUUUGCUGCAGGCUAAGCGGCAACAAGCCGAAAUGAGAAGAAAUCAGCGAGAGGAGGAUUUACGAGAGAACCAUCCAUUAUUCGACACGCCUUUACUAAUAGUCCCACGAGAGUCACGCUUCCGUAAAAUAUGUCGAGCCAUCGUGGACGCGCGGUAUGACGCCCGCCUCAGGGAUCCCGUCACGGGCAAUGAGAGAAAAGUGCAUUAUAAAAGCUUCCAUAAUUUUCUUGGCCUAGUUACAUAUAUGGACUGGGUGAUGAUCAUGGUCACUACUCUGUCUUGUUUGUCUAUGAUGUUUGAAACACCUACAUACAGAGUUAUGGAGAACUUCGUUUUGCAGAUAGCGGAGUAUGGAUUUGUUAUAUUUAUGAGUCUUGAACUGGCGUUAAAAAUCCUGGCAGAUGGGCUGUUCUUUACGCCUAAAGCUUACCUAAAAGACGCUGCAGCUGUAUUGGAUGUGUUUAUUUAUAUUGUGUCGCUGACGUUCCUGUGCUGGAUGCCGCUGCGGGUGCCGCCGGGCUCGGCGGCGCAGAUGCUCAUGAUCUUGCGCUGCGUGCGGCCGCUGCGUAUCUUCACGCUCGUACCGCACAUGCGCAAAGUCGUCUACGAGCUGUGCCGCGGCUUCAAGGAGAUUCUACUGGUAUCUACUCUAUUAAUUUUACUGAUGUUCGUAUUCGCGAGUUAUGGUGUUCAAUUAUACGGUGGAAGGCUGGCGCGUUGCAAUGAUCCUACAAUAAAACGUCGCGAGGAUUGUGUGGGUGUAUUUAUGCGACGAGUAUUUGUGACUAAAAUGAAGUUAAGACCGGGACCAAAUGAGACCUUUCCUUCGAUGCUUGUUCCCAGAGUGUGGGCUAAUCCAAAGAGAUUUAAUUUCGACAACAUUGGUGAUGCCUUAUUGACAUUGUUUGAAGUAUUGUCAUUCAAGGGAUGGUUGGACGUGCGGGACGUCCUUAUCAAGGCGUUAGGUCCAGUGCACGCACUUUACAUUCACGUUUACAUAUUCUUGGGUUGUAUGAUCGGACUGACCUUAUUUGUCGGUGUCGUCAUUGCGAACUACUCUGAAAACAAAGGGACUGCUCUGUUGACUGUAGACCAGAGACGAUGGUGUGAUUUGAAGAAAAGAUUGAAAAUUGCUCAGCCGCUGCAUUUACCGCCGCGACCGAACAAACGGAAAGUGCGAGCUUUUGCCUAUGAUGUAACUCAAAAUUUGAGCUUUAAGAGGGUUAUCGCUAUCGUCGUACUAAUCAACAGUGCAUUGUUGGCUGUAACGUGGUCUCGUUACUCGCCCUACACCGAACAAUUAGCGCUCACGUCUGCGUUACUAACCUUGGUUUUCGUCGUGGAAGUUCUACUGAAGACAAUAGCGUUCACUCCUCGUGGUUACUGGCAGAGUCGUCGUAACAGAUACGAUCUACUUGUCACUGUGGCUGGGUGCAUAUGGAUAUUCAUGCACUUUAUACUAAAGAAUGACUUGUCAUACUUCGUUGGAUUCAUGGUAGUGAUAUUACGUUUCUUUACAAUAACCGGCAAGCACACUACCCUCAAAAUGCUUAUGCUGACAGUAGGAGUUAGCGUGUGCAAGAGUUUCUUCAUCAUAUUUGGCAUGUUCUUGCUCGUGUUCUUCUAUGCUCUUGCUGGAACCAUUGUAUUUGGGAAUGUUAAAUAUGGAGAGGGUAUUGGAAGACGCGCAAACUUCAACUCGCCAAUUCACAGUGUUGCGAUGUUGUUCCGCAUUGUAACGGGUGAGGACUGGAACAAGAUAAUGCAUGACUGCAUGGUGGCACCACCAUACUGUACGCCCGCGGACAAUUAUUGGGAAACGGACUGCGGGAACUUCACUGCCUCUCUCGCUUAUUUCUGCACCUUUUACGUUAUUAUUACGUACAUCGUCCUAAACCUGCUUGUGGCUAUUAUUAUGGAGAAUUUUUCCUUAUUUUAUUCCAAUGAAGAGGAUGCUUUAUUAUCAUAUGCUGAUAUAAGGAAUUUUCAAAACACAUGGAAUAUUGUUGAUGUGCAUCAAAAAGGUGUAAUACCAGUAAGAAAGGUAAAAUUCAUAUUGCGACUCCUGAAAGGGCGAUUAGAAUGUGACACACACAAGGAGCGGUUAUUAUUUAAAUAUAUGUGCUAUGAGUUAGAGCGACUGCACAAUGGCGAGGACGUUACCUUUCACGACGUCAUCAAUAUGCUUUCAUAUCGUACGGUUGAUAUUCGCAAGUCAUUACAAAUGGAAGAGUUACUUGCUAGAGAAGAAUUUGAAUUUUUGAUCGAGGAAGAAGUCGCAAAACAAACUAUCAGGACGUGGCUAGAAGGAUGUUUGAAAAAAAUACGCGCCAAUAGCAGUAAACAACAAACAAGCCUCAUAGCGGGUUUGAGAAAGACAAAUGAACAAGUAGUUGAUAUGAGUAAUGAAAAAGCGGAUAAGGAAAAAUUUGAAACAGAGACACAGCAAAUCAUCGCAAAUACAGGAAGAACCGAGAUCACUGAGUCUACAUCACAACCUGCAAUGUCUAAUAUAACGUCAUUUGACACACAACCGAAGAGGUCUUCCACAAAAGGUCAAUUUAAAAGACCCGGUCUCCCAUCUGUUACAAUACCAAGACCCGAGAGUCCUGUUAAGAAAUAUCUUCAGCCAACUUUGAGUGAUCCGCACCCCGCUCUCAACAAGAAAUCUGCACCGGUGAUGAAGAGCAACAACCGUGUUUCGCACAAUAGCGCGGGCGCGGUGUGUGGCUCGGCGGCGGGGGGCGGGGCGGCGGCGGCGGCGGCCGCGGGCGCCGGCUCGGGCUCCGCGGCGCUGCACGAGGUGCAGUCUUGGUGGGGCUCGCAGCUCGUACACCACGUGCCAUUCGACUGUGACUAGGGCGGCUCGUUUACUCAUACCACACAGUACGGGUUAUUUUCUAUUAGUGCGAUACCAUUUAUACCGGUCGCCAUGGAAAAAUAAUUUUAAUAUAAUCCAUUUAAUUAUCCUUAGAUACAAUAUAAGUACGUGAUAUAAAACAAACCUACGGAGUCCUUCUAAUGUUCUCCAAGAAACUAGAAUGUCAAAUUAAAAACAAAGAAAUUUAGAAUCUGGCUAAUAGAUUGCUAGAAUUGCUGAUAAUUCAAACAUAUACAUUCUAUUUUGAGUCCUUUAAAUAACGUGACUAUUAUGAAAGUUUUUUCUAAAAAAACUUAUCGAACACGUGACGAUUUUCGCGGUAAACAGCUACUAUAUAUAAAUAUAAAAAGAUUGCUGUAGAGUUUAUUGAAUUAUAUGUAAAAUAUGAAACACUUAUUUACAUUCUCUGACUUGUUAUCGUACUGUGGCGGUGACUGAACUGGCGACCGUUGUGACCGCUGCUCAUCUUAUAAAUAGCUCCGUUAUUAUUCAUUUACAAAGAUACGACUGAAUAUUUUAUACGCCUAUAAACACACUUCUCGAGCGUAAACAAACCAUGUUCCAAAUAAUAUUGUUUCAUGAAUUGUUCCCUUUACAAUAAUUUAUAGAUUAUUAUAUGAAAUAUUUAGAUAAAUAUAUAAAUUUAAGUAGUGCCAAAUGUUAUUAGUAUAUAGUAUUUAAAUAAAAUUACAAUUAUUCCAUA